AUGCCCUCCUCUCAGGCUCCUGGGCCGAUGCCGGGUCGUCAUGCUCCCGUCGUCCUCUUGACGGAGAGCCUGGAGAAGCCAUCGCUGGAUGAUCGUGACUACCGCGUCAUCCGCCUCGAGAACGAGCUCGAGGCGUUGCUGGUCCACGACCCGGACACGGACAAGGCCAGCGCCGCCCUCGACGUCAACGUGGGCAACUUCAGCGACGAGGACGGGAUGCCCGGCAUGGCUCACGCCGUGGAGCAUCUGCUGUUCAUGGGCACCAAAAAGUUCCCCGUCGAGAACGAGUAUGGCCAGUACCUGUCCGCCAACUCCGGCAGCUCCAACGCCUACACGGCGGCCACGUCGACCAACUACUACUUUGACGUGGCCGCCAAGCCGGCCAACGACGAGGACCCCUCGGACGCCCACCCCUCGCCCCUGCGCGAGGCGCUGGACCGAUUUGCCCAGUUCUUCAUCGAGCCGCUCUUCCUCUCGAGCACGCUGGAGAGGGAGCUGCAGGCCGUCGACUCGGAGAACAAGAAGAAUCUUCAAAACGACACCUGGCGGCUGCAUCAGCUGGAGAAGUCGCUGUCGAACCCCCACCAUCCCUACUGCCACUUCUCCACCGGCAACUUCGAGGUGCUCAAGACGCUGCCCGAGUCGCAGGGCGUCAACGUCCGCGACAAGUUCAUCGAGUUUCACGCCAAGCAUUACUCGGCCAACCGCAUGAAGCUCGUCGUCCUCGGACGCGAGCCCCUCGACGUGCUCCAGAAAUGGGUCGUCGAGCUCUUCUCCCCCAUCGUCAACAAGCACCUGCCCCCCAACAGGUGGACGGACGAGACGCCCUUCCGACCGGCCGACCUUGGCAUGCAGUGCUUCGCGAAGCCCGUCAUGGACUCGAGGGAUCUCAGCCUCAUCUUUCCCUUCAUCGACGAGGAGACGCUGUUCGAGUCGCAGCCCAGCCGGUACAUCAGCCAUCUCAUCGGCCACGAAGGCCCCGGCAGCAUCAUGGCCUGCCUCAAAUCCAAAGGCUGGGCCAACAGCCUUUCCGCCGGCGCCUACACGGUCUGCCCGGGAAGCCCGGACAUUUUCGAAGUGCAGAUGCGAAUGACGGAGGAGGGCCUCAAAAACUACACGAAGCUCGUCAACCUCUUCUUCCAGUACGUCGCGAUGCUCAGGGAGUCCCCCCCUCAGGAGUGGAUAUUCGCCGAGCAGCAGGGCAUGGCCGACGUCGACUUCAAGUUCAGGCAGAAGGCGCCGGCCAGCCGCUUCACGAGCAGGACGAGCUCGGUGAUGCAGAAGCCUCUGCCGCGCGAGUGGCUGCUGAGCGGCCAGAGUCGCCUUCGCGCCUUCCGCCCGGAGCAGAUCGAGGAAGCCUUGUCCUUGCUGCGGCCGGACAACAUGCGCAUGUCCAUCGUCUCGCGGAACUUUCCCGGCGACUGGGACAAGCAGGAGAAGUGGUACGGGACCGAGUACCGGUACGAGCCGAUACCCGCCGAGCUCAUGGCGGAGCUGAAUCUCGCCGCGUCCUUGCCGGCCGGCGAGCGGCUCGCCGAGCUUCAUCUGCCCCACCGGAACAACUUCAUCCCCAGCAAGCUCGAGGUCGAGAAGAAGGAGGUUUCGGAGCCGGCGCCGGCCCCGCGCCUCGUUCGAAACGACUCGGCCGCCCGGACCUGGUGGAAGAAGGACGACACCUUCUGGGUCCCCAAGGCCAACGUCAUGGUCAGCCUGAAGAGCCCCAUCAUCUUCGCCACGGCCGAGAGCAGCGUCAAGGCCAGGCUCUUCACCGAGCUCGUGCGGGAUGCCUUGGAGGAGUACUCGUACGACGCCGAGCUGGCCGGCCUGCAGUACUCCGUCUCCCUCGACUCGCGCGGCCUCGUCCUCGACCUGUCGGGGUACAACGAGAAGCUGCCGGUGCUGCUGGAGCGGGUGACGCUGACGCUGCGCGACCUCGAGGUCAAGGAGGAGCGCUUCGACAUCAUCAAGGAGCGCCUCACCCGCGGCUACGACAACUGGCAGCUCCAGUCGUCGUAUCAGCAGGUGGGCGAGUACAUGGCUUGGCUGAACGCCGAGCGCGACUACGUCGUCGAGGAGAUGGCCGCCGAGCUGUCGACCAUCACGGCCGACGCUGUGAGGCUGUUCCACAAGCAGAUGCUCUCGCAGCUGUACCUUGAGGUCUACGCGCACGGCAACAUCCACAAGGGCGAGGCGCUGAAGGUGACGGACAUGGUCGAGUCGAUCCUCAAGGCCCGGAAGCUUCCCGAAUCGCAGUGGCCCAUCAUCCGGUCGCUCAUGCUGCCGGCCGGGUCCAACUUUGUCUACAGGAAGACGCUCAAGGACCCGGCCACGGUCAACCACUGCGUCGAGACGUACUUUUUCGUCGCCGACAGAAGCGAUCAGGCGGCGAGGGCGAAGACGCUCCUGCUGGACCAGAUGAUCCACGAGCCCACCUUUGACCAGCUCCGGACCAAGGAGCAGCUCGGGUACAUUGUCUUUUCGAGCACCCGCACCCUCUACACGGUCAGCGGCUUUCGCUUCCUCAUCCAGAGCGAGAGGACGCCCGAGUACGUGGACAAGCGCAUCGAGGCUUUCCUCGCUCGUUACAGCCAGACGCUGGACAAGAUGACCGAGGCCGACUUCGAGGGUCAUAAGCGCAGCCUCAUCGUCAAGCGGCUGGAGAAGCUCAGGAAUCUCGACCAAGAAUGGUCGAGGCAUUGGACUCACAUCUCCAACGAGUACUAUAGCUUCGAGCAAGCAAAGAUGGAUGCCGCGAACGUCAAGUCCCUCACCAAGGCAGAGAUGGUGGAGUUUUUUGGCAAGUACUUUAGUCCCUCAUCCCACACGAGAGCGCGCAUCUCGGUGCAUCUGCAUGCGCGCGGCGCCGGGGAGCUGGACGUCAAGAUCACGAGCAUGUUGAAUGCUUUGGAACUGCAUGACGUCCCGCAGGAGAAGCGGCAGAGCCUCGACCUGCUCGACUGCCACCUCAAGGAGGCGGGGCUUCCCGACGGCAAGAGGGAGUCGGCCGUCGCGCAAGCAAAGGACCUCGGGUUGAGCCAGACGUCGCGAAGCAACGAGGUGGACGAACCGCCGAUGGUCGGCACGUCGGCCGUCGACUCGGCGCAAGAAAUCACGGAUGUUCGCCAGUUCAAAGCCGGUCUCCUGGCCAGCCAAGGGGCAAGACCGGCCAGAGACUUGCGCGAGUUUGAGGAAACGGAUGCCAGGCUAUAG